UCUUUGGAUAAAUAACUCACACAUCAUUUUGAGCUCUGAGUCUCUCAACACACAGGGUACUGAAGAUUCAAUACAAGUAGUGUGUCUAUAUAUAUAUAUAUAUAUAUAUAUCUACCUGAGAAUCAAUUAAUUUAAGAUGGUAAGAGCUCCAUGCUGCGAGAAGAUGGGACUGAAGAAAGGUCCAUGGACACGCGAAGAAGACCACAUAUUGAUCAAUUACAUUAAUCAAUAUGGCCACACCAAUUGGAGGGCACUUCCUAAACAUGCCGGUUUGUUAAGGUGUGGAAAGAGUUGUAGGCUCCGGUGGACGAAUUACUUGCGACCUGACAUUAAACGGGGGAACUUCAGCAAAGAAGAAGAGGACGCCAUUAUCAAUUUGCAUGAAAAAUUAGGAAACAGAUGGUCAGCCAUUGCAGCAAGACUGCCGGGACGUACAGACAAUGAAAUAAAAAAUGUGUGGCACACCAACUUGAAAAAGAGACUCAAAAAAAUUCACUCCUCUUCCAACUCCAAAUUACACUCCAUCAAUGAAGCAAAACCCUUGAUUAAUCAUCCGAAUCAAGAGACACCGGAUCUCCAACCGGAUUCCCCUCAACAUUCGCUGAGCGAAAUCUCCUCUGUCAUCACCAAUAACGUGUGCAUGGAGGCCGAUGCGGAAGUCCUAGACAAUUUCCCUCAAGUUGAUGAAAAUUUCUGGUCGGAGGUGCUCUCUGCUGAAAAUUCCGGCAGCACCAGCGAUUUUCCUGCAGUCACGGCGGAGGAACAACUUCAAUUUCCUUUGUCACCGUUUCAUGCCAUGGAAUAUGUGUACGACUACAAUUCAAGCGUUCAUGAUGGCAUGGACUUUUGGUACAACCUUUUCACAAGAGCUGGGGAAUUACCAGAAUUACCAGAUUUUUAAUUAAGGAUGCAACGAUCAUGUCAAUGUAACUCUUUUUUCUUAAUAUUUAAGCUUCUGCUAAAGAGCGAGGUUUGAUUUAUUUGUCUCCGGAUUUUGACCGUUAAAAAGUUGGGAUGCAGAAAAAUCUUUGUUAAUUGGUUCCUCCGUGUAACAAAAAGAGAACGUGGCAUUCAUUUUAUUCAA